UUCGUCUAACCGAGUAAACACCCCCAUACACUAUCCGCGUCCCCUAUUUUUCGCUCUCCCCCGGUAGUCUCAGAUACCUUGAGACCACUUUUAGACAACACAGAGGCCAUGGAGAGGAUUCUAUAUCCAUCUUCUCCAACCCCUCUGAAAACCCAGCUCAAACAACAACAAUCCUCUCCUUAUCUAACUCGACUGGGACGAUUUGACCCUGCAAGACUCGGUCUUUUCUCCUCACCUCGCUCGGACUUCAGGCGGCCCUUCUCACUUAUCUGCAGAAAUGAGAACCCAUCAAGUCUUUGGAAUAAAUUGCCGCCACUCUCUGUUUCCCGGAUUUACUCGUCCGUUGGGUCGAUACCCAAUUCCCAUUCUCUCAAGGAGAUCCCCAAUGACGUCUCCACGCAUCACAAGGCAGUAAGUGUUCGGACAUUCGUGGUAUUAUCUGCUCUCGUUGUGGCCUUGAUCCAUCCAAUUUUUGCAUCACCAGCCUUUGCAACCUUCCAAACUGCAGCUAAGACUGGUGGCGCCGCUGCUGCUGCAGUUGGGGGAAAACUGAUUCGGACUGAAUUACUAACUAGUGCUUGGACUGGUUUUUUCGCUGGUUGUUUACAUACGCUGUCGGGUCCUGACCAUCUUGCUGCUUUAGCUCCACUGUCAAUCGGUCGUACUCGGAUGGAGAGUGCUGCCGUUGGAGCUCUAUGGGGCUGUGGUCAUGAUGCAGGUCAGGUCAUCUUUGGUUUACUAUUUCUACUUUUAAAAGAUCAGCUGCAUAUUGAAGUUAUCAGAACUUGGGGCACCAUAGUGGUAGGUUUGACUCUACUCGUCAUUGGUGCUAUGGGAAUUCGGGAGGCUUCUGAGGUUCCUACUCCUUGUGUUUCUCUAGAAAAUGGUGAGUGUGAUGUUAGUGUCUACGAAGAGCUUCAGAACCCUAAAGCUGGAAAGAAGAAGAUUGGUUUUGCUACUUUUGCCACUGGGAUUGUGCAUGGACUGCAACCGGAUGCACUAAUGAUGGUCUUGCCUGCACUUGCCUUGCCUUCUCGUAUGGCUGGUGCUGCUUUUCUAAUUAUGUUUCUACUCGGAACUGUAGUUUCAAUGGCAAGCUAUACGGUAUUUAUUGGAUCAUGUAGUCAGGCGUUAAAAGAUCGGGUACCUAGAAUUACUGAAAAACUUACUUGGGCUUCUUCCCUGAUUGCAAUUGCUCUAGGCCUUGCCAUAAUCAUUAGCCAGUAUUUUGGAUUUAGCCUGUACUGAUCCAUCUGACAAGAGUAUGAAGAUUCGUUAUCAGAAGUUUCUUCUAGUGGUAGAAAGAGAUUAGAAAGGGUUAUUCAAUUUGUUUACUGCGAACUUGCGAAGUUUAUUUGGGCAGCAUCUUUCUCAAUGAGAAUCAUCAUCCUUAAUUUACCUGAUAUCAGUUAUCAAUGUUGUAAUUUUAAGUUCUCAGAAAAAAGCCCUCUGGAUUUUAGUAUCCUUUAUGAUUCACUUGUGGUAGAAUUUGUGAGUGCUCAAUCAAUUUGCAGUGUAAUUUAUUGUUAUGGACAUUGAAACAUCAGGUUAUAUGCUUUCUUAA